AUGCUUCUCGUCUACUCCUAUCCAGGCCUCGUCGCAUGCGUUGACACAGCGCAACUGGAUGGGGAGUCUUCCUUAAAGUUGAAGCAGUGCGUAGACGAAACACAUCACAUGGUGAAAAACACUUUGCUUCGAAGCGUGGAGGGGCACAUGGAAGCCGACCUGCCCAAUGAGCUUGUUGGGCGCUUCGAUGGCUGUCUCUACCUAAAAGGCUUUCCCCGAGGAGUGCCAGUGGGCUUGAAGAACCUACUACUGCGAGGGUCGACCAUCAGGAACACCAACUAUGUCAUUGGUCUCGUGGUGUACACAGGCAACGACACAAAAGUGGUGAGGAAUUCCAGCCGGUCGAUAUCGACGAAGCGUUCGCAGGUGGAGAUUAUGUCCAACAAGCUGCUGUUUAUUGUCUUCUUGCUGCUUUUCCUGAUAUCUAUCGGCUGUGCAGUUGCAAGAGAGAAUUUGCUCGGGGACGCUGCUGGGUUUCAGAAUUUGCGCUGGGUGUGGGAUGGAUCGGCAGAGAAUGGGGAUACUGCACAAGAUAGCCCCUACCUCGCCAUUCUGACCUUUCUCAUCGGCUACAACAACCUGAUCCCCAUCAGCUUGUACAUGACAACAGACGUGGUCCGCGCGAUUCAAGCCUUCCUUAUGGAGAGGGACGAAAGCAUGCACUAUGCCCAGGGCGGCUCUUACUGCACAGUUCGGACCUCUGCUUUAUGCGAAGAUCUUGGAACAGUAGAUUUCGUUCUGACUGACAAGACCGGGACUUUGACACAGAACAAGAUGUGCUUCAAAGCAUGCUAUGUAGAUGGCCAGACAUAUGGCUACUGGACAAAUGGGCUAGAUGACACCAGUGAUGGAGGAGGGAGCGUUACAAUGCAGGAGAGCUAUGGAUACCCGAGUGACCAGAUCGAGAAGAUCCCAACAUGCAGCAUAUGCCGGCCCCUGAACCCUUCAUUGUGGGGAAUUCCUAGUGAUGAGGAUCCUCAUUGGAGUUACAGUCUGGAAUCUUCUGUUCACAACUUCUUCUUGUGCCUCGCCACCUGCCACACCGCGAUGCCGGAGAAGACGAACCAUAUCACCUUCUCCCCGAGUAGCAAGCGCAAUUCAAAUUUGGAGACCUUGACCGACAUCGAGUAUGUGAUGCAGAACGACCCAGGCAUGAGGGGACUCAGCCAGCAGGAGGUUCGAGCACGUAUGGAGCUACUUCUUGAGGCCAACCAGACUCAAUUUCGCAGCCAAUCCCCGGACGAAGAAGCGUUACUGGCAAUGGCACGCGACUUCGGCUUCUACUUCAAGAAGCGGCAGGGCAACAAGGUCACAGUCAACAUCCGCGGGCAGGAUGUGCACUACACUGUGAUCAUGUGCAAUGAGUUCUCGUCCGAGCGGAAGCGGAUGUCUGUUCUCGUGCGUCAGUGCACAGAGGACGGUGUUAUGCCUCAGACGUCGCAGGCAAUGGCCAGUAGCAUUUUGCUUGGCAAUGCUGGUGUCAUGUCCAUGGACAACCUGCCACCGGUGUCCGAGGGAAAUUACAUCCUUUUUGCCAAGGGCGCAGACUCUGUGAUGCUGGACCGGAUGCGCCAGCAAGACCCAAAGCGAGCGACACCGGCGGUUAUGGCUGACUUCGAGGGGUUGGACGACAUGACGCAUGCGCUCUCCUUGGAUCCAGAUAAGUCCAAUGAAGAGUACAAGAGAGACAGAGAGGGCCCUAGCCCAAGCGGGGGCCCUAGCGGCCCUAGCAGCCCCAAGAGCGACAGAGGCAAAACUCGGAAUGCUCGCAUGGCCAUGGCUCUGGCGGUUGGCUCCCACGGCUCCGAAGGAAAGCUUCGAGGUCCCAAAUUGCCGUCUCCAUGCUCCUCGGCUGGCCUCUCCGCGCGAUCUGUGGUGGCAGAACCGCCGGUGCCCAGCGGUGCGCCGGCGAUGCUGGAGACAGAGGAUCAUUCGAAGCUAUCCAAAUUGGAGCCAACACGAAGUGCUGGGCUCAUGAGUUGGGCUUCGCGAAACGGUCCUGGAAACACAUAUGAUUCCGGCGAAAUGGACGAGAGCCAGCGCAAGAAGAAGCUCCGUGUUGCAAGGGAGCAAGUUCGACACUUCUCCAUGCAUGGAUUGCGGACACUGGUUUGCGGACAAAGGGUGCUGCCCGAUGCAGAAGCUGAGGCUUACAUCAAGCGUUGGCAGGGUGCACGGACCUCCUUCUUCAAUAGGGAUGAGCUGAUGAAUCGAGUCAUGGACGACAUGGAGCGUGACUUCGACAUGCUAGGCGUCACGGCCGUGGAAGACAAGAUUCAGUUCGGGGUGCCAGAGACGGUUCAGAUGUUGCUGGACGGUGGUAUCCGCGUUUGGAUGUUGACGGGCGACUGCGUAGAGACAGCCGUAAACAUUGCUAGCAUCUGUCGCCUCAUCGAGCAGCAUUCGCAACUCUAUUACUUGACCUGUGAGGAGGGCUCUGCCCGCGAGCAUGACUCCUCGAGUGCCUUAGAGCUAGAAGAAAGGCUAAGGUACAUCCAGGAGGAGAUCUUGAAUGAAUUGAGGCACGCCCACGGUGGAGGUUUUCACUACAGCCUUGUCCUGAACGGCCCAGCGCUCUAUGCCAUCCUGCAAGCACCAGACACACUCCUUCACAAGCUCUUCGUCACAGUGGCUUGCAACUCCUGCUCUGUGAUUGCCUGUCGCUUAUCUCCAGCGCAGAAAGCUGCUCUUGUAGAGCUUAUCAAGAAAGAUGUGCCUGGAAAUCCCUUGACCUUGGCCGUGGGCGAUGGCGGCAACGACGUGAGCAUGAUUCAGAAGGCGCAUGUUGGAGUUGGAAUCGCUGGGGCCGAGGGACGUGAAGCCGUGAAUGCCGCGGAUUUCGCCAUCGGACAAUUCCGUUUCUUGAGGUCACUCCUCUUCGUGCAUGGGCGGAGCAACAUCCGACGGAUUGGCAUGGUAAUCGGCUAUUCGUUCUACAAAAACUUCCUCCUUGUUAUCACCAUGGCUUGCUACGCUCCCUUCACAGGCUUUAGUGGGACCACAUUCUAUGAUCCAUACCUGAUCAUGAUGUACAAUGUGGUCUUCACGAACCUCCCCAUCUUCAUCGUGGGUGCGUUGGACGUGGAUGUCUAUGCGCCUGCAGCCCUAACACUUCCGAAGCUAUACCUGUACGGUGUGAACAAGGUCUACUUCAACUACCGGAUGCUGGUUGCCUGGCUGCUGCGAGGAACCAUCCAUGCCUUGGUGAACUUCUUCGUGGCUUGCGUUUUCUUGGGAGGUGGUUCUGGGGCCGCUGGGCCUUUAUCCGACUACUUGUCCCUCGGAGCAUGGUCGUAUUGGAGUUGCGUGGUGGUCGCCAAUGCCACACUCCUGCUGCACACGCAAGUCUGGAUGGACUGGCAACUGCUCAUCUCUCUGGCCUCCGUGAUAUUCUUCCCUCCGAUCUUGUUGAUUUAUUCCUGGCCCAUCAUGGCUAACAUCGUCAACCCAACUUUCGUCGAGGUAGGGGGGCAGCUUUUCUAUUCAUUGCCUGGAUGGCUAAGCCUUCUGCUCGUCUUAGCUUUGUCCGUGCUGGUAGAAUUGGCCCUGGAUGCGUGGCAGCGGAUCAACAAGCCAGACCUCUUGAAACGAACGCAGGAAUUCCAGCGCACGAAGACAUAUGCAGGUGAGGGGCAGGAGUCUUUGCUACAAUCGACAUUCCGAGGCACGCAAGUGGUGACCGACAUGAGCCUGUCCCCUGUCGUUCCAGGUCACCGCCAGUCUCCUGCCUCCCCAGUCUCGCCGUCGUCGCCAACAGGUGCGACACAUACGACCCGGGAUGAGCUUCUUUUUGCAGCGAACCUGAAGAUGGAGAGAAUGUUUCCAGCUGCCCUGGUGAACUCGAUUCCAUGGAGUUACAAGCGAAACAACUACAAUCAAGGUGACUUCAAAGCUGAGGCUGUGGAGCUGAAGGAGUUCACAAAGCAUGCAAGGCAUCCGCCUACCAAGAAGCCUGGUCUACAGUUGAUCAUGGAGCGUCAUCGCCGAGAGGACGAACUUGCUCCAGACCCCACCGCCUGCUGUGGUAAGCGAGCGAAGGAAUGGCAGAGGAUCAUCAGUCAGAUGCAGUGGUGUCAGAUAAGUUUGAUGUCCGACGUGCUGGGCAACAAGGCAUCCCAGGAGGAUCGAGAUCCGGCCAGUAAUGGAACACUCGCUGAGCGUCUCUCGAAGGUCACAGGCAUGCAGCCCGAACUGUUAGAUUUGGAUCAAAUUGAUGAGCGCAAGCACAGUGCAAGCGCCACCACAACUGGCCACCCAAUGGAACACAAGGCGCAGUCCCGGUUCAAUGUGAAGUACACAACCGAGUUUGUGUACAACAUUUUCACAUUGAAGUUCAGAUCCAGCUUGCACGAACAGGCCUUCUGUCAGAUGUUUGACGAAGCCAGCCGCAAUCAAUUCUUCGUGUCUGCUCGUGUCCUCACCGGUCUCUUGGUUGGCUUUCAAGUUGUCAAGCUGUUGGCUUUUGUGCUUGCACCGACAGACUUCUCAGAAGUGGUCCUGGGUCUCGGGAGCAUUGCCGGUUUCGUGGUCGGAUGCGAGGCGUUGCUGCUUCCGCUGCGCUUUGAAAGAAUCAGUGCUUUCCAUGCGAGUUACCUGACCGUUUGCUGCUGUCUGCUGAUCGUGCUGAAGCAUGUCAUCGAAUUCUUGUACGGCAUUCCCAGCUACGUGUCGGAUGCGAUUAUGCCUUUGCUCUUUUGUGCCGGUGCACGAAUGCGCUUCCCGCAAGCCAUCGGGGUACUAUUUCUCCACAUGCUGCUCUUGAUCAUUUGGGCCAACUUAUUCCUAAACGACCGAACGUGCACAGUGGGAGAUGGCAUGACCCAAGUCAACGUGUGCAACGAUGAAGGACGCCUCCUGGUCGAGUAUUCGACCAUCCAGUUUGGUUUGGUUGCAUUGGUCAGUGCCUACAUGUAUCUGUCGGAGCGGUUUGCUCGGCACAGCUUCGCAUGGGACGAUCGUAUUGGCAGGGCAAGAAACUCCGACCGCGAUCUUCUCAAAGGAAUGUAUCCCGAAGAUGUGGUGGAAGCGGUUCGGGAGAGCUUUCUCAGCAACCAGCAGCAGAUCAAUGUAGCAGAGCAGAAAGUCUCCAGCACCAAGACCAUCUUCCAAGAACGCGGCAUAGUGACCGUAGUCUUCAUCGACAUAUACGCUUUCGAAAAGAUCGUAGCACAGCUGGCGCCCAAUGAAUUAGUGGAGCUGCUUGAUCGCGUUUUCACGCAGAUGAACAACAUCUGCGAGGAACAUUCAAUUCACAAAAUCGAGACGGUCGGGAAAACUUUUGUGGCAGCGGGCAUGCUAGACUUGAAGAAGAAGUCUGCUCGAAACACUGUCCAGAUGAAAGCUUUCUUGUGUGUCGAGGCUGCAAGUGCAGUUCUGAGGCUCUUCACUAGGUGCACGACUGGAAUGGAGCAGAUGGAGAAGCUAUCCCUAAAGAUUGGCAUCAACACGGGCCAGGUGAUCUCAGGCGUGGUCGGCUCGCAGAAGCCACAAUUUGCCCUGUUCGGUGACACCGUGAACACCGCAUCGCGGAUGAUGAGUACAGGGAUGGUGGAUCACAUCCAUGUGUCUGCAAGCACAUACGAGCAUGUUAAGGACGAGCAGCAAUACUCUUGGUUGGCGAGGAAGACCACAGUGAAAGGGAAAGGUGAGAUGGACACCUACCUCUUGCAGCAUGAAGGGGCUCGAAGGAGGCAAGUCUCUGCCGGUGCCACCUCUCAUCUCAAUCGGGCCAAGUCUGCAGUCCGAGAGGGCAGCAUGGUGAACGUGGGUCCGGAGGUCUUGCUGACCACGGAAGACACGAGAACUUUCUGCUCGAUGUUUUCUCGGGCGAGGCUCAUAGAGGCCAUCCAUAACUUCGUCUCCUUUUGCGUGCGUGCAUAUGAUCUUGACUGUCUAAAGACGAAUCAAGAGAGCUCGCUGCUGGCAUCUCUGAUGCUCUUUUGGUGCAUCUUCUGCUUGGAAUCCUUGUACAUCUGGAUUGGUGACACAGGCGAUCGUGCUGCAAAUCUCCAGCUCUUCUUCAACAUCCGUGUCCCCUUUGCGGCGCUGUUGUUUGUGAUCAUCGUGGUCGCAUCUUUCGUGACCUUGGGGCAAGGUUGUGGGCGCACGCCACAGAGCGUAGCUGCAAAAGAGAAGAAGGAGCGUGAUGAUUCUGAAAACAGGGCAGACGUGAGUGAGGCAGAUGGCACCGGCGGUACCGGCGUGGAAGCUGUGUCGGAUCGGGAUGAUGAGGAGGAGGAACGCAUGAACCCAGAAGCACAAAGACUGAGAUGGCCGAGCGAAGUCUACUACUUUGGUAUUGCAGUAGUGCUUAUCGGUGCUGGAUAUAUUUGUGCCGUCACGUCGUCUCUCUACGGUCUUGCCGACGGGCGAUUGGAGGAAGUCAGCUACUGGAUCUACUUUGAGUCGAUGUUCUACCUCUCAGCCAUGAUGCACUUGAAUGUUUUGCGUGCGACCACUGCUGCUUUUGCUUGUGGAUUGGCGGUUGUCCUGCCGGCCACGGUGCUUGGUGCAAUGGCUGACUUCCCUUCCGGGCUCAUCUACCCUUUUUCUGCAUUUAUCCUGCAGGUGCGCGUUAUCGCGAGUUUGAAGUGGUACCAGCUGAAGAGCCUGGAAGGAUUGAAGAUGGUUGAGAAGGAGCACAAAGAAUGCUACUCACUGCUAAAUUCCCUCCUGCCUCAGGAGGUGCUGGAGUCAAUGCAGUCGGACAACUUGCAGCUGGCAUACACCUACAACGACAUGACGCUUCUCUUUGCCGACAUUGUGGGCUUCACGAAGUAUUGCGCCACGCAUCAGGCAAAUGAAGCCGUUAGACUCGUCACACACCUCUUUGCAAGAUUCGAUAACUGCUGUAAACUCCUCGGAGCAUACAAAGUGUGCACUAUCGGUGAUGCAUACCUGGCCGUGAAUGAGCCGAAGACGGUUCAUGAGGACAAGGUCCUCGGGGCCAACCAGCUCCUCCAUUUGGCCAUGUCCAUGCUCCGGGUCAUCGUGUCCGUUCGAAACGAGGUUCAGCACGAAGGCCUUGACAUGCGAAUCGGCUUGCACCAUGGUCAGUUUGUGGCUGGCGUAAUCGGCAGCAACCAGCUUCGCUUCGACAUCUGGGGUGAGGAUUGCCUCAUUGGCAACCAAAUGGAAUCAGAGGGUGAGCCUGGGCGCAUUUGUUGCAGCGCGACUUUUGUGGAGGUGAUCCGUAAUAAUUUUCAGCAGUUCCACUUCACGGAGCACAAAGUCAUCGCUUGCUCCGGAACGAAACGAACCAUGCAGAGUUACUUGCUCGACGAGCCUCACGGCAUUGGCACCGGCAAGGUUCCCAGCUCGCCGGGCGGGAAGCUGCCCCGGAACAGUGAGCGCAAGAGCAAGCGCUUCCGGUGA